AUGUAUGUGUACCAAGCCGGGGCAGUUCUCCUGGGCUUUUUCUCGGAAGUCGAAGGCAAAGCUGGUGCCUCACAGGCGCAAUGGGACGACUCCUCGGGCAAUGGCCGAUCAUUCUGCAAUCUUGUAGGGUGGUGUCACCGACCCACAUGUUGCAAGCGUCGGGCUUCCUUGGCCGCAGCGAAGCGGAAGCGCAACCACGUCAAGGAGGUGGCUGUUGCCUCCAUGUUUCCUGGAGCCUGGGUAAACGCCGAGUUCAGCUAUGUCGCGUUGGCUCAAUGGGUGAUCUACGUUGAAGGAGUACUGAUUGGUGCAAUCCUCGCCGGCUGGAAGGCAUGA